AUGCCACAAGACGAUCUGGCAUAUGGUGGCUACUACCAAGGUGCCGAGCGUGGGUCCGGAGACGGGUCCCGCGGCUUAGGCGAUACCUUCAAGAAGCUCCGCGAUACGUACAAGAGUCACUCUUCCCAGUCAGGCCAGGCCAACCAGACAUACAACCCUUCUGGCUAUCAAGGGCAAAACUACCCGACGCAAACCGAGCCCCCGCAGUACAGCCAGAAUCAACAGACAAGCUCAACCGGGCAGCAUGGAAACCCCAACCCCAACUAUCAAGGCAAACCACAGAAGGAGGAUAAGCUAGCUGGAUUCUUGGGCAAGCUUCAAGGCACCGUGACCGAGUUUGGUUCCGAGUUUGCCACGAAGAUUGGUACAACCAUCGACCCGAAGGCAUAUGCCGAGUAUGGCCACGUAAAGCCUAAUGCGGAGACUCGGUUCGGCAGCUUUGCUCCUCCCCGUGAACAUAAUGAUGUCAAGUGGUAUGUGGACGGAUGCAGUUAUUUCUGGGCUGUGUCGCGGGCGUUGGAAAGCGCCCGAGAGUCCAUUUGGAUUUUGGAUUGGUGGCUAUCUCCCGAACUUUAUCUGAGAAGACCCCCUGCGAAGAAUGAACAAUACCGAUUGGAUCGCAUGCUGCAAGCUGCAGCCCAGCGGGGCGUGCGGGUCAAUAUCAUUGUUUACAAGGAGGUUACGCAGGCGCUCACUCUGUCAUCAUCGCACACCAAGCAUGCCUUGGAGGAUUUGCAUCCCAAUAUCGCGGUCUUCCGCCACCCCGACCACCUGCCUGACCGUCAAGAGCUUGCGGCUUCAUUUGCGUCUUCUUUCCAGAACUUGUCCUUGGACUCAGCCAGCUUGAGCAAAAUGUCAAAGGACACGCUGAAGGGACUGUACGGCAUGAACGAGGAUGUGAUCCUCUACUGGGCCCACCACGAGAAGCUCUGCUUGAUCGACGGUCAGACUGCGUUCAUGGGUGGCUUGGAUAUGUGUUUCGGUCGCUGGGAUACGAACCAGCACCCAAUCUCGGAUCUGCACCCGGAGGACGUGAACCAGACAGUGUUCCCAGGCCAGGACUACAACAAUUCUCGCGUGCUGGACUUCGAGGAUGUUGUUCACUGGGAGAAGAACCAAUUGGAUAGGAAGAGCAUGUCUCGUAUGGGAUGGUCCGAUAUCUCCGUCAGCCUGCACGGUGCUGUGGUUGAAGAUCUUCGUCGUCAUUUCGUUGAGCGAUGGAACUUCAUUUAUGAUGCCAAAUACAAGGUCCGCAACGAGUCGCGAUACGUGAGAUUGGCACUUUACGGACGUCCUAGCUCUUCGACCCAAAAGCCGCAGGGUCAGCAGCCUGGCCAGCAGUCUGGAUCUCAGCAGCCCAACUUGUAUCCAUCGGGCCAGUCUAGUCCAAGCCAACCGCCCACUCCAUCUUGGCAAUCGAAGCCCAAUGCCACGCCGACAUCUCCCUAUCAGCCGUCGCAGAGUCAGACUUCGACUCCUCAGACCCAGAAUUCGCAGCCACACUCUCAGCAACCGCAGACGUCAACUGGACCCUACCAGCCAAGCCAAAGUGGAAAUACUCCUACAUACCCGCCGCCCCCUGGUCAGACCUCUUCGAACCAGUACCAGCAACAUGCUGCGUCUCCCGCGCACCAGUCGGAGAACACAUCAGCUUAUCCUCCACCACCAAGCUAUCAAUCUUCUGCCCAAUCCGGCCACUCACCUAGCCAGGGAACCAGCCAAUAUACCUACACUGGGAACUCAUUCCCCCCUCCUCCGCCUGGAGCUCCUCCUGCGCAAAGCACCCCUGACAUUGAAUACCAGCCCUACCCUCCUGACCAUAAAUAUGAUAGCACUGGUACCACAGAGUACCAGCCAUACCAGGGUCAGCAGCAAACUCCUACACAGGGACAAACUGCCAAUACCUCUUACCAAUCGUAUCAGGGUCAGCAACACAGUCAGGCACAAGAGAACACCCCCCACACCUCUUACCAGCCGUACCAGGGUCAGCACCAAGAGCAGAAGCCUCAUUAUUCCCCGGUGCAGCAUCAAGCUUCUGGCAGCCCGACUCCCCACCAACAGAGCCAGAACCAGGCACCUUACUACCCGCCUCCACCUGGCCAAGAGGCAUCUCACUCCAACACCCGUGGAAUCGAUGACUACCAGCAUGGAGGUCACCAACAAUACCAGGGUGAUCGCGACAGAGGCUCUCUGAUGCCCCGUCGUUUCAACAAAGAGGAGCUGUCCAACUAUGGAAAUUCCCUUCGUGGCCAGCUUGCCGGUCAGAUUCACCAGUAUCAGGAUCGGCUAACUGCAUAUGGCCGUCCUUCAUCUUCGCAAGGACGGGGAAAUAUGUCGUGUCAGAUUGUUCGCAGCUGUGCGAAAUGGAGCAAUGGCACCCAGGUCGAGCACUCAAUCGCCGAUGCCUAUUGCGCCAUUAUUCGCAACAGUGAGCACUUUAUCUACAUCGAGAACCAGUUCUUUAUCACUGCCACCGGUGACUCUCAGCAUCCUGUCAAAAACAAGAUCGGUGCCGCUAUCGUCGAGCGAAUUCUGCGAGCUGCGCGUGCAGGCCAGAAGUUCAAGAUCGUUGUGGUCAUCCCAUCUGUCCCCUGCUUUGCUGGAGACCUGCGCGAUGAUGAAACUCUUGGAACACGCGCUAUCAUGGAGUUCCAGUAUAACUCCAUCAAUCGCGGAGGCCACAGCAUUAUGGAGCUGAUUGCUAAGGAGGGCUUUAACCCGAUGGAAUACAUCCGCUUCUACAACCUUCGCAAUUAUGACCGCAUCAACAAUGGAAGCUUGGUGAAUGCUGCUGAACAGCAGAGUGGUGUCAACUACGAAGAUGCUCGCAGGCAGUACGAUCAGCACACUGCGGGACCUGGUGGCUACACACCGGCUCCAAGCAAUACUCGAAGUGCCUUUGAUACCAGCGCGCCCUUCCAACAGUACCAACAGGGCGCUCACCAGGCUCAAAGUAGCCAUGGCUCUUCCAGCCGCUGGAACAGUGUCAGCGAGUGUUAUAUGCUCGGUGGAGAGGAUAUCCGUAAGGUUCCGUGGGAUGGUCAUCCGGAUGCUGAGAUUGAUGCUUUCGUGAGCGAGGAGCUUUACGUCCACUCAAAGGUGAUGAUCGCCGAUGACCGUGUGGUUGUUUGUGGAUCAGCCAACCUGAACGAUCGCUCCCAGCUGGGUGACCACGACUCCGAGAUCGCAGUCAUCAUCGAGGACUUCACACCUGUGCAGUCUACGAUGAACGGCAAGCCAUGGGUUGCUAGUCGAUUUGCCGCAUCUCUUCGUCGUCAACUUUUCCGCAAGCACCUCGGUCUGUUACCCCCACAGGACUAUCAACGACCAGAUGCCAACUUUGAGCCCGUGGGGGUUCCAAAUGAUUUCGACUUUGAGUGUCCCGAGAGCAAGGUCGUUGCUGACCCACUCUCUGACACCGCUCAGAGUCUUUGGAACUCACGGGCCCACACCAACAGCGAGGUCUUCCGGAAGGUAUUCCACGCAGUCCCCGAUGACACGGUCCGCAACUGGUCGGAGUACAAAGAGUUCUACGAAUACUACUUCCACAAGGCGGAGGAGCACAAGGACGGAUUCUCGCGUCCCGCGCGAUUCCAGUGGGGCCACGUAGUCCGCGAUGACUUCGCCCCUGGCGCAGAGGGUGCGAAGCAGGUCAAAGAAUUGCUAAGCCAGGUCAAGGGUACUCUGGUCGAGAUGCCUCUGAUGUUCCUGAUUGAGGAGGAUAUCGCGAAGGAAGGAUUGACUCUGAAUGACUUGACGGAGCCACUCUAUACCUGA